AUGAGCCACCCAACUGGAGCGCAGGCUAUUGCGCGAGCUCUCAAAAAUCUCGGGGUUACCGUCAUUUUCGGCAUUGUCGGUAUUCCCAUCGUUGAAAUUGCUGAGGAAGCGAUCAAUCUGGGGAUACGGUUUAUCGCAUUCAGGAACGAGCAAGCUUGCAGCUAUGCGGCUAGCGUGUACGGAUACAUCACAGGGAAACCGGGUGUUUGCUUGGUCGUGGGAGGGCCUGGAGUGUUACAUGCAAUGGCUGGGAUUGGAAAUGCAUCUGUGAAUGCGUUCCCUUUACUUGUACUUGCUGGGUCGGCAGAGACCACUCUUGUCACUAAAGGCGGGUUCCAGGAGAUGGAUGCGAUAUCGCUACUUACUCCGCAUACCAAGCUCUCCGUCAGGCCCGUAUCGGUGGACUAUACUGAGAAUGCCAUUUAUGAUGCAUACAGGACAUGUUGGUACGGCCGUCCAGGGGUUACCUUUGUCGACUUGCCUGCGGAUUUGAUCCAAGGGAGGGCAACCGGGAGCUCGCCGUCUGCGGGCCUUCAGCUGGUGCAUGCACCCCCAAAACCCGCUGGAGACCCAAGUAUCAUCUUUAAGGUGGCACAACUCCUCAGAUCUGCCCGUGCUCCCCUGGUGGUUGUGGGUAAAGGGUCGGCAUACGCAAGGGCCGAAGAAUCGAUUCGCAAACUGAUAGAUACCGCACGCCUGCCAUUCUUACCGACCCCAAUGGGAAAGGGUGUUGUACCUGACUCUCACCCGCUUAACACCUCCAGUGCACGAAGUGUUGCGCUGAAGAAUGCGGAUGUCGUUUUGCUUCUUGGAGCCAGACUCAAUUGGAUUCUACAUUUUGGCGAAGCUCCCCGUUGGUCGCCGAACGUCCAGAUAAUCCAGGUGGACAUCCAUGCCGAAGAGAUUGGUCGCAACUCCGGAAGCGGCGAAUUAGGUAUAGUGGGUGAUAUAGAGCUAGUGGUUGACCAGCUACUCAAGUCCCUGGGCGACUGGCACUACCAACCACCUACACCUACACCCUCUUCCUACCCUUCCCUCAUAUCCGCCUCCGCCUCCAAAAAUGAAAACAAGUCCCUGGCGAAGGCCCUUCAGACCACGGCUACGGGCCAGUAUUUGACCUUCCAGCGCGCUUUCCAUAUCAUCAAAACGACACUCAACUCCCUCUCGCCCCCGGAAAAUGGAGAUAUUGUCUAUGUUUCUGAAGGUGCCAACACAAUGGAUAUCUCUCGUUCCGCGUUCCCACUACAGCACCCGCGCCAAAGGCUCGAUGCCGGUACCUAUGCCACCAUGGGUGUUGGACUCGGGUACAUCAUCGCUGCACAUGCGGCCUACAACAUGCCCCAACCUCAAGGCACACUAGAAGCACCAUCGGCAAAGAAGAUCGUCGCACUGGAAGGCGACAGUGCAUUCGGCUUCAGCGCAAUGGAGGUAGAAACACUGGCCCGACACCAGAUUCCUGCCCUGAUCUUUGUGAUGAACAACUCUGGAGUCUAUCACGGUGAUGCCAGGUCAGAAAAGGACUGGCGUACCCUGCAACAGGAAACCAUCUCGAACGAGACUACUUCCUCUUCUGCCACCGACAAGAAGGGCCUUCGCUCUACCAGCCUUUUGUACGAGACGAGGUAUGACCGUCUAGCAAGCGUAUGUGGUGGACAGGGCUUCUUUGUGCGGAACGAAGAAGAACUAGAAAAGGCGACGCGAGCUGGGUUCCUGGAGAAGGAGAAGUUUACCAUCGUCAACGUUAUCGUUGAGCCUGGCAUCGGGCAGACUAUCGAGUUUGGAUGGCAGGCCGCGAAGAAAGAAAAAGGGGCGCAAGAAUCGAAGCUGUAG